AUGAAAGUGUUGUGCGUGGCGGAGAAGCCUUCGAUCGCAAAAGCGGUCGCCAAUCAUCUCGGCGGCCGAGUGACGACUGAUAGUGUGCGAGGCAUUCAGUGGGUCAAGAACUAUAAGUUUGAUUUCCGAUUCCAACAAUGGGGCCAGUGCGAUGUUACCUUCACGUGUGUUGCUGGUCAUAUUGUAGGCCAUGAUUUCACCGAACGGUACAGGAAGUGGCACUCGUGUCCACCCGCAGAUCUGUUCGAUGCUCCCAUACAAAGCUUCAUCGCUGAGGACAAGAAGGCUGUGGCAAGCAACAUUGAGUCACAAGCUCGUGGUUCCCAGAUUCUCUUCAUCUGGACCGACUGCGAUCGUGAGGGCGAGAACAUUGGGACUGAAAUCCGCGACAUCGCCCUGAAAGUGAACCCAAGGCUUCGAAUCUUCCGCGCACGUUUCAGCAACAUCGAAAGAGCCCAUGUGAUUCAGGCUUCACAGAAUCCCAUACAGCUUGACGAAGCCCAGUCGAACGCAGUCGCUGCUCGCACGGAACUCGAUCUACGUCUUGGUGCAGCUUUUACGCGCAUGCAAACUCUCGCUCUGCAGAGUAUGAUCCCUGUUCGAGGUGAUGAACGGGGGAAGAUGAUCAGUUACGGCUCCUGCCAAUUUCCUACCCUCGGUUUCGUCGUAGACCGAUACCUUCGUGUACACAACUUCGUCCCAGAGCCCUUCUGGUACAUCAAGGUACAUCACACAAAGGAUGACGUGGAAGUCAAGUUCAACUGGCGACGAGGCCACUUAUUCGAUCGUAUGGCCGUUACUUUGAUCUUUGAAAAGUGCCUGAUCUCGAAGACGGCUAAGGUAAUCAAGAUGGCGAAGAAGCCUACCAAGAAGUGGAAGCCACUCCCUCUUACAACUGUCGAGCUGCAGAAGAUGGGCAGUAGGUUCCUCCAUAUGUCAUCGCAAGACGUCAUGAAGGUUGCCGAAGAACUCUACACCAAAGGCUGGAUCAGCUACCCCCGUACCGAAACUGAUCAGUUCGACCGAGGAAUGGAUCUCCGCAGUAUUGUCUCUAGGCAGACUCAAGAUGGCCGCUGGGGAAACUUCGCCCAGAAUCUCAUGAAUGGUGGAUUCAACCAACCACGUAAUGGUCGUAACAAUGAUAAGGCGCAUCCGCCCAUUCAUCCUGUUAACUACGUGGCUUCCAAUGCCCUCAAUAGCGAGAACGAACGCAAGGUUUAUGAGUUCGUUGUUCGCCGCUUUCUCGCGUGUUGCUCUGAGGAUGCAGUAGGUGAGGCUACAGACAUUGAGAUCGACUACGGAGCCGAGAUCUUUCAUGCCCAUGGCCUGCGGGUUAUUGCCAGAAACUACCUCGACGUAUAUCCAUAUGACAAGUGGGAAAGCAGUCAGCAAUUGCCGCACUACACAGUCGGCGAGACGUUUGAGCCGACAGAAGUGAACAUGCUUGACGGCAAGACGUCAGCACCUACUUACCUCACCGAACCUGAGCUAAUCGCGCUGAUGGAUGUCAACGGCAUUGGCACCGAUGCAACAAUGGCUGAACACAUCGCGAAGAUCCAGGAGCGUGAGUACGUGAUCGCUCGACCCAAAGGCGGGGCUGCAGGAAAUGCUGGCAACGGCGCUGGCAGAGGACGCGGACGAGGAAGAGGAAGAGGUGGUGCUCGAGGAGGCCGAGGCGGCGCAGCAGCGGGUCAUAACGGAGGUGGGGGAGCGGCGGCCGGCGGAGUGCAAGAGUUCAUUCCGACAACAUUGGGUGUCGCGCUUAUCGAGGGGUACGACAAUGUGGGUAUUGAGACCAGUCUCAGCAAGCCGUUCUUACGCAAAGAGAUGGAACUCCAGAUGAAGGCCAUCUGCGAAGGGCGAACGACGCGCAACGACGUCGUGCAACAGAACCUGGAUCAGUAUCGCGCCAUCUUCAACCGCACAGUGCAGCAGAUCAAUGUUCUCAAGUCUGCCAUCACCAAGUAUGUUGUGCAGGCGAAUCACGGUUGA